CCCUGUGGGGGGAGGGGCAGUGAUGGUGGUGGUUAUGUUGAGAAGGGGACUGAGUUUGAGGCUCAAAUGAGGCCCGGGGCUGGGGGUCCCUCACCUAAACCAGUGCCCAUCUGGGCCACCACCAGCUCUCAGAUACGGGCAGGACUGGGGCGCCAUGAGGGGCCAGACCUGAAUGCGUGCUCUUGGGGCAAUGUGGGCGGGUGCAGGCGGCCACUUCUGGGGUCUGGCUCUUUCCCAACAUGUGGGUGGCCGUGCAGGACUUCUUGGUGUCACAGCUGCGUGACCUCAGUGCUGUGUGGCCUUGGGCUGAUCACUCAACCUCUCUGAGACUCAGCCUCGCCUAAGUGACACCUCACCCUGGGGAGACCAAUUGCGCAAGAUGUGGGAGCCAAGAACUGAGGGGUGCUGGGGUGCCACAUGGUGGGUUGGGAGCUGUUGGGCUGGGCUGGGAGGAGGGGAUGGUAUGGCCUUGAGGGAGUUGGGGCCAUCUCUCCCCCAGGAGUGUGCCAAGGCAGUGGGUGGGCCUGGUGAGGCCUGAGGGACCCCAGUAGGUGCCUGGUGAGAGCAGGCCUUGCUCAGGCUGCUGUGGUUUCUGGGCAGGCCUCGGAGUCCCUGACCCCGGGGGGCCUGGAGCUGUCCGAAGGGCUGCCCUCUGGGCUGACUGCCCCCCGGGGCCCCUGGCAGUGGGUGGUGGACCCGCUCCUCCCUGGCCACAUGGCCCUCCCUGUGCUGCCUCAGUUUCCUGACCUGUAAGGUGGGAGUUAGUGCGGUGCUCACCUCUGAGGGUCACGUGAGGGUCACCAGGGUUGGUGGCGGGGCGAGGUCGCAGCUGUGGGGUCGCAGCUGAUGGGGUGGUGGGACUGGGAGAUCAGGGAAGCUCUCGGCAGACCGGGCGGCCCCUGGCCCUUCCCCCAGCCCCUCUGCUCACGUCGCCCCUCUGCUCACGUCGCCCCCCUGCCUGGCCCGCCAGGAGCUCACACACGGCUGCUGACUUGUGCCCCACGCCGGCCCGGGCAGGGCACGCCCCGUGGGGAGAGGCCUGGCAAACGCACCCUGGCGACAGUUCUCAACCCCAGUGGCUUCUGCUCACGGCCUGCUGCCGGGGGGCCUGGCUGGAGGCAGACGCUGCCCAGGCCCCCGCAGACCCGCUCAGGCUCAGGGGGCCCAGAGCCGGCCCUUUGGUCAGUGUUGCUUCCUUCCCUUGUGCCCGAGGGGCUGGGGCGCACUGCGUGGUGCGGGCCAUCGAGGGGAGGCAUGCCCCUCCGGGCAGGGGGCCGGGGAGACCGUGCCUCCGCUUCGGGCACGUUCUCCAGGGAGCCGACCUCUGCCCCUCCCUCAGGGGGGCUGCUUCUCCCCCACAGGGCCCUGCACCCACACAAGCAGGUACGCGCAGGCUCACACACGCAAGCACACGUGUGAGCACACGGAUGCACACGUGCCCUCCGGUGAGGAAAUGUGACUCACACCGCAUUUGCACACCCACCCACACGCGUGUGCAGGUGACCGUGGCGUGUGCGCACCUGCACACCUGCCUCUUCACACAGGUGAGCACACUCGGCGGGCAGCUGGUGCCUUUCUGCCGGGCAGAGCCCACUGCUGCAAACAUGGGGUCACCUCCUUGGGAGCGGAGGGCGUGUCUUGGGCGAGUUCGCCCCAAGUGUGGCCUCCUGACCUGCUGGCCGCCUGGCUCCCCUGCUGGGGGAGCCUCUUACUCCUUCCAUCAGGAAGAGCCUGGACUUGGGGCUGGCCUGGGCCCUGGUCCCCCCGAGGCCAGCCCACAUCCCCGGCCUUCGGUGACCUUGAACCAGGCACGUGGGUGCCCCUGGCUUUUGUGUGUGGACUUCCCCACCACCUCGUCCAUGGGGGUCCCACCUGUGAGGCCCACUCAGCCCCCACCAGGGCCCAUUGCGCCCGUGGCCCUGACCUCCUGGGUGAACCCACAGCCCCAUUCUGCUGUUGACUUCUGCUGGCCUGGGUGGGGAGCACUAGGGCUUCCUGGUGGGGGUCCUGGCUGAGGGGAGAGCCAGAUCCUGCCUCCCCCGCUUGGGCCCCAGCCCCCACCACUGCUCUCAUUUCAGUCCUGUGGACAGAGCUGUCUGUCCUCGUGGCUGGUCCUCAAAGGCUAGCUCUGCUUCACCCGGCCAUGGAGCUUUUCUUAGAGCGGGCUGAGCCUGGUCCUCCCCCGGCGGUCAUUGCCUUGGGGUGCGUGCACCCCUCUUUUAUCUGGGAAACUCCUCCAUGGACCCCAUCUUCCCCUCCUCAGUGGGCUCCUGGAUAUAAUAGCAUCCCCCCAAAUUCCUGCCCACCUGGAGCCUUGGGGUGGGACCUUGUUUGGAAAUAGUCUGUGGAUGUUAGGAGUUAAGAUGAGGUCAUGUUCAGGGUGGGCCUAGGUCCAGUGGCUGAGGUCCUUACGGGAGAAAGUAAUGGGGGUUGGGGGAGCAGGAAGCUUCCGGGCACCUCCAGAAGCGGGGAGAAGCUGGCAGGAUCCGGAGGGAGCAGGGCCCUGACGGAGGGCUCCUGGCCGCCGGCGCUGAGAGAACCCACAGGCCUGUUGUUGCCCCCCCUUCCCCCCACUUGUGAAUUGUUCAGGCAGCCCGGGUCCCUCCCCAGGGAGCCCCCAGCCUGCCUCCCGCCUUCAGCUGGCCUCACCUCUGUACACAUGGCGGAGUCUUGGGAAGAAAAUGAGGGAACCCAGGUGCGGGCGGCCUCGGGACCCGCGCAUCCACGGGGCCCGGCCUGCCUCUCGCAUGGGAACGGGCGCCGGCAUCACGGCCGCCCGAAGCCUCCCCGCCCCCGGCAGAGGAAGCGGCAGAGGAAGCGAGGGCAGGGGAGGCCGGGCCCGAGCCAGUCCCCAAGCGGCCUGUCUGGGCCGUGUCCACGCCAAGCCCCCUGGCUUCCUCUGCCGGGACCUGGGGCUGAGGCAGGGUGCCUGGGUGCCCAGAGUGGGGUGGAGGGUCUCCAGAUGGUCAUCCUGGGGUUAGACCAGCAGUCGGACCCAUGUGGGAGCGGCCGCCCAGAGCCGGACGGCGCCCCCCUCAGCGAGCUCUCUUGGUCGUCCUCCCUGGCUGUGGUGGCCGUGUCCUUCUCCGGGCUCUUCACUGUCAUCGCCCUCAUGUUGGCCUGUCUGUGUUGUAAGAAGGGUGGCAUCGGGUUCAAGGAGUUUGAGAAUGCCGAGGGGGACGAGUACGCCGCCGGCUUCUCGGCACAGGGCUCCCCUGCGACAGGGGCUCAGAACGGGCCAGACGUGUAUGUCCUGCCACUCACCGAGGUCUCCCUGCCCAUGGCCAAGCAGCCGGGGCGCUCAGUGCAGCUCCUCAGGUCCACAGACCUGGGCCGGCACAGCCUCUUGUACCUGGAGGAGGUGGGCCACGGCUGGUUCGGGAAGGUGUUCCUGGGGGAGGUGAACUCGGGCCUCAAUAGCACGCAGGUGGUGGUGAAGGAGCUGAAGGCCAGUGCUAGCGUGCAGGAGCAGGCGCAGUUCCUGGAGGAGGCUCAGCCCUACAGGGCCCUGCAGCACAGCAACCUGAUCCAGUGCCUGGCGCAGUGCGCGGAGGCGACGCCCCACCUGCUGGUGAUGGAGUUCUGCCCCAUGGGGGACCUCAAGGGCUACCUGCGAAGCUGCCGGGUGGCGGAGUCCAUGGCGCCCGACCCCCUCACCCUGCAGCGCAUGGCCUGCGAGCUGGCCUGUGGGGUCCUGCACCUGCAUCGUCACAACUACGUGCACAGUGACCUGGCCCUGAGGAACUGCCUGCUCACGGCCGACCUGACAGUGAAAAUCGGCGACUAUGGCCUGUCCCACGGCAAAUACAGGGAGGACUACUUCGUGACGGCCGACCAGCUGUGGGUGCCGCUGCGCUGGAUCGCGCCCGAGCUGGUGGACGAGGUGCACUGCAACCUGCUGGUGGUGGACCAGACCAAGGCCAGCAACGUGUGGUCCCUGGGCGUGAGCAUCUGGGAGCUCUUUGAGCUGGGCGCACAACCCUACCCCCAGCACUCCGACCGGCAGGUGCUGGCCUACGCCGUCCGGGAGCAGCAGCUCAAGCUCCCCAAGCCCCAGCUGCAGCUGACUCUGUCCGACCGCUGGUACGAGGUGAUGCAGUUCUGUUGGCUGCAGCCUGAGCAGCGGCCCACGGCCGAGGAGGUGCACCUGCUCUUGUCCUACCUCUGCGCCAAGGGCGCCACGGAGGCCGAGGAAGAGUUCGAGCGGCGCUGGCGCUCGCUGCGGCCGGGUGGGGGUGGCGCGGGCCCCGGGCUCGCAGGCCUGGCUCUGGGGGGCACGGGCGAGCUUGCGGCCGCCUCGUCCUUCCCGCUGCUGGAGCAGUUCGCGGGCGACGGCUUCCAUGCGGACGGGGAUGACGUGCUGACGGUGACGGAGACGAGCCGCGGCCUCAACUUCGAGUGCAAGUGGGAAGCGGGCCGCGGGGCCGAGGCCUUCCCGCCGCCAGGGGGCGCAGCGAGCCCCGGCCGCGCCGCGCGCCCGCAGGAGCUCUGCGCCCCCGACGGCGCGCCCCCGGGCGUGGUGCCCGUGCUCAGCGCGCACAGCCCCUCGCUGGGUAGCGAGUAUUUCAUCCGGCUGGAGGAGCCCACACCCGCCGCUGGCCACGAUCCUGACUGCGCCGGCUGCACCCCCGGCCCCCACGCCGUGGACCUGCUCCCCAGUGGCGCUGACCAGGACGACUCUGAGGGCGGCGCGGACGCCUCAUUGGCCGUGGAGCCGCUGCUGGGCCGUGGGCUGCCCCCUGGGGGGCCCUGGGGCCACUGUGACUACUACCUGCACGGGAGCCAUGCCCGGGGCCCGCCCCGCACCCUGAGCGCGCCCUCACCGGGGACCCGCAUGCCGGCGGAGCCCAGGGAGGAGGAUGGCGACUGGGGCUCAGCUGCCUUCUGCCCACCCUUCUUGGAGGACCCGCUGGGCACGUCCCCCCCGGGGAGCUCUGGGGCCCAGCUGUCCCCGGGUGGGGAGGAGAUGGGGGAGGCGGAGGAAUGCAGGGCUGCCCAGCGCAGACACUGGAGUUCUAACGUGUCCACUAACAACAACAGUGCCAGCCGGGCACCAGGCUCCUGGGACCCGGGAUAUGUGGGUGGCUGCAUGGGCUGCUGCCCCAGCACAGACCACACCCUACAGGCCGUCCCUGAGCUGGGCUGUCCCCUGGCCAUGGAGGACACCAGAGAGCCUCUCCUUGGGCCACAGGGGGCCUCCUCUGGCCAGGAGCUCGGCCGUUGCCUGGGCCUCCCUCAUCUGUGUCCUGCUGGGGGCCUGGCACCUGCCACUUGCCUGGUGCCAUCCUCCCGGACACAGGCGGCCAUAAGCUGGGGUGACAGCCCCCAGACAGAGCCCAGGCUUGCUGAGGAGGCUGAGGGCUCUGCCAGACCUCAACGGCCCCUUCCCUCCAUCCCAGCCCCGUCCCAAGAGGGAGCCCUGCUUCCUGCCGAGGAGGCCAGUGGCUUCGCCGCCCUGCCUGCCUUGCCCGUGCCUGCUGGUGGCUGGGAGGCUGCCUCUGAGGUAGCCCAGGGCCUGGACAGCUGCAGUGGUUCCCCUGAGCUGGAAGAGCCAGUCAGUGAGGGCAAGGGCAUGACAGAGGCCACUCCCGGCAAUGUGGCCAGUGAUGGCCUGCCAGCGGAGAAGCCGGACGUGACGCUGGCCUUCCGCUCCCUGCAGAAGCAGGUGGGGACCCCCGACUCCAUGGACUCCCUGGAUAUCCCACCUUCCGCCAGCGAUGGUGGCGGCUGUGAGGUCUUCAGCCCGUCAGUUACUGGCACUCCUGGCGGGCAGCCCCGAGCCCUGGACAGUGGCUAUGACACGGAGAACUACGAGUCCCCUGAGUUUGUGCUCAAGGAAGCACAUGAGCCCUGUGAGCCCGAGGCCUUUGGGGAGCUGGUCUCUGAGGGUGAGAGCCCCGGGCCCGAGACUCAGCUCUCCACCUCCCUUGGAAGCCUUGGCGAGAAAAACCCCUACCGUGACUCAGCCUACUUUUCCGACCUCGAUACGGAGCCCGAGUCCACCUCGGGCCCCCAGGAGAAGGGAGGAUGUGCCCUGGCCUGCAGGCUAGAGCUGGACCUGGAGAGCCCUGGGCUGCAGUCCGCACAGCCCUCCCCUGAGUCUGGGGUUCCCGGGGGGGCACAGGGCACUGGCCCCAAGGAGGUGCCACCGCUGCUCUUGCCACCGCCAGACAACUCUUCUCCAGAGCCCAGCAGCACCUGCCCAGAGAGCCCCAGACUGGAGGCUCCCUGGCCCCAAGGCCCUGCGCAAGGGCCUCCAGGGCCCAGCCCCCAGCGCUCCAAGGUUUUCCUGCUGACCCCAGUCCCACCGAGCUCAGAGAGACACCGCCCGGACCUCCAGGAUGCCCCAGGACUGCUUUCUGGGCCAGCCCAGCAGGAUCAGACGGGGGGCCCCCGCGCCCCCAGAACCCCACUCUGCCUGGCCUCGCCGGGACUGCCUGCAGCCCCGGAGGGCCGGUCGGAGGAGGACGAGGAGGACAGCGAGGACAGCGACGAGUCGGAUGAGGAGCUGCGCUGCUACAGCAUCCAGGAGCCCAGCGAGGAGAGCGAGGAGGAGGCGCCCCCGGUGCCCGUGGUGGUGGCCGAGAGCCAGAGCGCGCGCAACCUGCGCAGCCUGCUCAAGAUGCCCAGCCUGUUGUCUGAGGCCUUCUGCGAGGACCUGGAGCGCAAGAAGAAAGCCGUGUCCUUCUUCGACGACGUCACCGUCUACCUCUUCGACCAGGAAAGCCCCACCCGGGAACUCGGGGAGCCCUUCCCCGGCGCCAAGGAGUCGCCCCCCGCGUUCCUGGCGGGCGGCCCCCGCACCCCCGGCGCCCCCGGCCGGCCGCGCCGGGCGGACCGCUCCUCCGACGGCUCCGCGGCCUCCGUGGCCGAAGAGGGCCGAGGGUUCGCGUGGGACGACGGCUUCCCGCCGACGCCGGCCCCGGAGGCCGCCCUGCCCGCCCCCGCCGCGCCCCCCAAGCCGGCCGCGCCCGGCCCCUUCUCGCGCUUCACCGUGUCGCCCGCGCCCGCGUCCCGCUUCUCCAUUACGCACGUCUCGGACUCGGACGCCGGGUCCGUGGGAGGCCCUGUAGCAGGUGCUGGGGGCAGCUGUAAAGAGGCUUGAGGCCCAGGUGGGCCUCCUUGGGAGCCCCUGCUGGUCCUGCUCCCAGCGAGGAUGGUGACCGAGA